AUGUGGGAGGUGAAGGUGGAACCCACUAUCAUCUAUUUGCUACAGCGCCGGGAUCAGCGCGUGCGAGAGAGCCUUUCUGUGGCAGCAUGCUUUGGCUUUGCUCAGCGAGAUACGGGAGGCGAAGAUGGAGCCCAACGUCACCCUCGACUACAGCGCUGGAAUCAGCGCGUGCGAAAAAAGCGAGCAGUGGCAGCCCGCCGUGGCGUUGCUCAGCGAGAUGCGGAAAGCGAAGCUGGAGCUCCCCUAGUCAGCUACAACUCUGGGAUUAGCGCGUGCCAGAAGGGGGGACAGUGGCAGCGGUCGUUUGCUCUGCUCGUCGAGAUGUGGGAGGCGACGGUCGAGACAGACGCCAUCGGCUACAGCGCCGGGAUCAGCGCGUGCGGGAAAGCAAGGCAGUGGCAGCAGGUCGUGCUGUUGCUCAGAGAGAUGCGGGAGGCGAUGCUGGAGCCCGACGUCAUCCCUGCUACGCCGCCGGAGCCAGCGCGUGCGAGAGGAGCGAGCGCGGCAUGCACGUGGUCUUCCUGCUCGGCGGCUUGGGAGCCGAGCGGCCUCUUGGCAGCUGAGCGGCAGCUUCUCUGGUGCGUUGCCGGGCAAGUUUGGAUACAUAUUCCUCGCGACAAUACUUUGAUUCGCAGGCCUCCUAUUGAUCGAUGUUGUCAUGGUUGA